UAAUUAAUCCAAAUUAUUUUGGAGAUUUGCAACGUUGCCUUUUCCUUUCCCAAAUGAUUUCAUAGAGAGACAAUGUUGUUUUGAUAAAUUAAUCUCUGUGAAAUAAAAUGGGGACAAAGUGCAACACAAAUUCUACAUCCCAAUCUGAAAAAGACUAUGCAAAUAAUAAAAGCAACAAUAACACCAAUGUUGUGUUGAAUGUGUAUGAUCUCACACCUCUUAAUAAUUACUUUUAUUGGUUUGGAUUUGGAAUCUUUCACUCUGGCAUUCAAGUACAUAAUAAGGAGUAUGGAUUUGGAGCUCAUGACUUCCCAUCAAGUGGAGUAUUUGAAGUGGAGCCAAGGAAGUGCCCUGGAUUUAUAUACAGAACAUCUGUCAAUAUGGGCCAAGUAAACAUCCAUCCUUCCGAGUUUCGGACAUUUAUUGAGAACAUGGCUAGUGAAUAUCAUGGAGAUACCUAUCACCUUAUAUCCAAGAACUGCAAUCAUUUCACCGAUGAUAUCGCGGGUCGAUUGACCGGAAAACGAGCCCCUGGUUGGGUGAAUCGGCUUGCUAGGUUAGGUUCUUUAUGCAGCUGUCUACUUCCUGAUAGUAUUCAAGUAACCACUGUUAAACAGCUGCCUGAGUACCAUUCAGAAGAUGAAGUUACCGAUUCUCUUUCAACGGCCACGCCUUGUGAAUCAAUGGAAUUAGAUGAUGAACAAGCGAAACGCCUUCUGUCAUCUCUUGAUAGCACAGAAGAUGUUUCUUUUGUUAAAGGGACUCAAGUAAAAUGAUUUCGCAUUUUUUUUAUAGCUUUCUGCACUGCUUAAAGAGUUUUUAUGUGCUAGGGCAUAUGCACUGAUUUUUGUGUAUUAACGGUUGUAAAUGAGGUUAGUGUAAUGGGUUUCAUCCAGGAUUUUUUUUAUUUUUUCGAGGGAUUGUUGGAGCUCAUAAAACAUGCUUGUGUAUGACAUCUAAGUUUGCAAAAUGUCUGAGAUAUUAAAGAUUCUUUUAAGAGUGUA